CAUAUUUAAAUGUUAUAUUUGUCCCUUCGGGGACAUCCGAUAAAAUUGGAACGAUACAGAGAAGAUUAGCAUGGCCCCUGCGCAAGGAUGACACGCACAAAUCGAGAAAUGGUCCAAAUUUUUCUUUCUCAAAAAAAAUGACACUACCAUAUUAAAAAAAAUUCAUAGUCAUUUAGCGAAUGAAGGAAAAUAAAUAGAUAUAUAAAAUUAAGUCCUCAUUUAGCGGUCUUUCCUGUUUCUGUUACAUCCAAUUGUCCGGAUAAAGAAAUUAAGAAAAAACGAAAAAACCAUAGUCUAAUUCAAGAAACACACACAAUACACAAAAGAGGAAGAAAGAAAAAAAACACGAUCUCUAGGUCUUGUUCAUCCGUGUUUCAGAUCUAGUGGUCGGGAAUUCGAAUGGAUCAAAGAACAGGUGAUCCAAGAAUAUACAUCGUCACUCUUCUCUUUCUUUCAUGCAUCCUCACAGGAGGAGUCCUUCUCGGGCUUUACCUCGUCCAACAUGAUCCAAAUCCUCUGUUUCUACAAGCGGGUAUGUUCUUCGUUGGUAUCCCAUGGUUCUUCUGGUUCUUGGCUUACAUCUACUCUUGUCUCCUCAAGCCUUGCAUCCUCUCCAUAAGCCAAAGAGUUUCCAGAUUCGAUCCUGAGAAAGGCGGGGAGGAGGAGGAGAAAAACAAUAAAAGCAUCACGGAAAUCGUCAUGUCGGAUUCACAUCCCGUGGCUGCGGUGGAGCCGAGGAAUUCGCCGAGGGACGGAGAGAAGCACGUGCAGUUCGGGAAUGUGGUGGUUCUUGGAGAUGAAGGAGGAGUAAAAGCAGCAGAAGAGGAGGAGGAGGAGGAUCUAAAUGAAAGAAGUACUAAUAAACUGAUUCCGGAUCAUAUGAGAAUGGGAGACGAAGAUCAUCAAGAACAUCAUGAUGAGAGUGGCGUUGAUAAGGAUUGCGAUAGAACUCCUUUGAGAUUAUCCGUGGGGAACAGAUGAUUUGAUGAUACUGAAUGAUCAGGAACUGAUCGUCUUUUUGGGUUGUUAACUAUGGUUUGAACAGAGAGGAAAGGCUUUGAAAAAGCUGAACCCUAAUAGACGUGUGAGACAAGGAACAUUGUUUUUGAGUAUGAACUUAAGUAACAUGUGAAAGUCCAUAGAAGAUUUUGUUUUGUUUUAGCUUUCUUUCUAUUGUUCUUCUGGUUUUGGAUGAAUUCAGAAAAUAAUCAAUAACAAAAAAAAAAA